UUUAUCUUUCCGGAUGAGUACUCGUCAACAAAUAAGUGAAGUGGUCAGUUUCAGUGCGAAGUGCAUGCAAGUGCAGUGUCGUUUCUGCUGUAAACCAGGGGCGAAAUGAUUAAAUCGGAUCUGUGCUAAAUCGAUUUCGCACAGAGCCUUCUUCCUCGAAAUGGAUUAUUCUCCGUCGGGCAAGGAAACUGACGACAUUACAAAGCCUUUGUUGCAACGUGUUAAUGGCGAUAAAGUUGAAAAAGCGCCAGUCUGCUGCUCGUCUCGAUAUGGUCUCGCCCUGCUGGCGAGCUACGGCUUCUUCGUGGCGUACACCCUGAGGGUCAACCUCAGCGUGGCCAUGGUGGACAUGGUGAGCGCCAAGGAGAGCGCCAACGCCGGCUCCUCCCACUGCCCCAGACCGGGCCCAGAGCUGACGGAGCGCGAACACAAGGGCAGCCUGUACGACUGGGACUCUGAGAUGCAGGGGUGGAUCCUGGGCUCCUUCUUCUACGGGUACAUCCUGAUGCAGAUCCCGGGCGGGUACCUGGCGCGCAAGCACGGCGCCAAGUGGCUGCUGGGACUGGGCAUCCUGUGCACCGCCAUCUUCACCCUGGUGACCCCGCUGGCGGCAGAGCUGGGCGCCGGCUACCUGAUCGCCGUGAGAGUGCUGGAGGGCGUGGGAGAGGGGGUGACGUUUCCUGCCAUGCACAGCAUGUGGGCGUCCUGGGCCCCGCCCCUGGAGAGGAGCCGGCUGCUCACCAUCUCCUAUACAGGUGCUCAGCUAGGCACCGUCGUAGCCCUUCCCUUGUCUGGUUAUCUCUGCUAUUACUUGGACUGGACCUACGUCUUCUACGUGUUCGGAGUGGUUGGAGUGCUGUGGUUCAUCCUGUGGACAGCCCUGGUGAGCGACACCCCAGACACGCACAAGAGAAUAUCAGAGAUGGAGAGGCUCUACAUCGCAAGGUCACUGACGGAAGAGGUUUCCCCGUCCAUGGAUGCUAUUCCCUGGUCAUCCAUCUUCAGUUCCCUGCCUCUGUGGGCCAUUAUAGUGGCUCAUUUCUCCUACAACUGGACCUUCUACACCCUGCUGACUCUGCUCCCCACCUACAUGAACACCGUACUGGGCUUCAGCAUUCAGCAGAACGGGUUGCUCUCGGCCUUGCCGUACCUGGGAUCCUGGGUCCUGGCGUUGCUAGGCGGACAGCUGGCUGACUACCUGAGAGAAGCCUGCCUCUUCUCCACUGUGGCUGUGCGCAAGGCUUUUACCAUCAUAGGGAUGGUGGGGCCAGCCGUGUUCCUGGUGGCAGCCGCACACACUGGCUGUGACUACACCGCGGCUGUGGGCUUCCUCACCAUCUCCUCUGGCCUGGGGGGCUUCUCCUCCUCCGGCUUCAACAUAAACCAUCUGGACAUCGCACCCUCGUAUGCAGGAAUCUUGCUGGGGAUCACUAACACAUUUGCUACGAUACCAGGCAUGGUGGGACCAGUCAUUGCCAGAGCUAUGACACCACAUAAUACCAUAGAGGAAUGGCAGACAGUGUUCUAUAUCUCUGCUGCUAUCAAUGUGUUUGGUGCCGCUUUCUACACCCUGUUUGGGAAGGGCGUGGUCCAACCCUGGGCUGCCAGCAAGCUCCCCUCCCACCGGAGCUGAAACCACAGGAACAGUGUGUGCUGCUUAUUUUCAUGACAUUGUCAGUUGUAGUCAGCUGUCAGUAAUCUUGCGGUCAGUUGUCAAAGUCACACAAUGAUUCGGCUGUUUUCACUGUUGGCUAACGGCAAACUAGCCCACAAUUCGUUGUUAUGCUUAUGCUGCUUGAAGUUCUGAUGAACAGGAGAGAAGCCAACGUCCACCGUUUCCGAUCAGUUCAAAGGAACAAACUACACCAGCCUCAGCUGCAGCUGACUCUAAUCACUGGCAGAGACCAGAGACUCCAGCAUAUGGACAAUAUCCAAGUAACAACUGACUAUAAUGCAACACUACGUUACAUGUAAUGGUACGGCUUUGCCCAAGUUUAUCUCUGUAUGUCGCCAAAUUAACAGUGACUACAGGCUGCUCUGCACAGUUUAAAUGUGUGAAAAUAUAUUUUAUAUAUUUUCUAUUUUCAACCUUUUAAAAGGUGUAUUUGCACAUGAGCAGGGACAAUCUGGCCUCCCCUGGCCUGCUAGAGAGUGGGACAUGUCUGUGAUUAAAGAACUUGGACCCGGGAAAUAAUUUUCCAAUUUUCCUUAAAUAAUUUUUGCACACAAGAUUUUAUACAUCUUUAGUUAGUUAGUUUGUUAGUUAGCUAGUUUGACAAACUGAUAAAAGACAGAGGCCUGAAUUAUCACAAUAAAGUGAUAAUUGCACAAUAAAGUCAAAAACUUACUUCCAUUUUGGUGUUUGGUGGUAAGCAAUAGCAUUGGAGGCAAGAUGACUAUACAACCGUAUAAAUACAGUCAAAAAUCUGAUGACUACAUAACAAACCAGCAGGUUACGCAACAAUGUAAACACAAUCAAAUUUACAGUCUAAAAACAACUACAAAACAAUCUUAUAAAAUAAUUACAAUCAUUUUUGCUUCCAACCAAUUACACUUGCACUUUUUCUAGCAACUGGGCGUACUUUUUGGGUAAAGCUCUCUGAAUUGGGGGUGUAUUUAAUGCCUAAGGGUAACUUGUUCCACUCAGAGGCUCCAGAACACUGGAGAGUGCAUCGGCCCACAGCAGUCCCAUAUAAUGGGAGGCCAAGGAUGGCAAUACUGGCUCUUGUCUUAAUGCCAUGUAUAUCCCCCAUCCUUAAUAAAAUAAUUUAAAAAAUAACUAGGGGCUCGGUUGUUAAUCACGUUAUAAACAGUGCUUGGCUGCAGUGCCACAGCCCUGGCCUCGAAGGGAAGCAAACCUAAUUGCCUUUACUGUUUGUCCUCAUGUCGCAAUAUGUGCAGUUUUGGCUGUUAUGCUUUCAACAGCAAUAAACAUCGUAAAUUCUGUAUGUUACUGGCAAUGUGAAACUUCAUGUUUUUCAGUGAAACAUUCAUCAAAAAUGUUUUUAAAUGUAUGAAACAUGAUUUCUCAACCACAAAAAUAAAAUGGCAAUAUUUAGAAUCA